CGCGGGUGUUGAAACUUCUGAGGCUGAAGCAUCCAAUGCUAAGUUGCUGGGCGGUGGUGUGACGACUGGUCUUCACGACCGCGGGGCACCGACUGUGGCGCAGGAAGAGAAGGCCUCGGAGGAAACUGCUAUCCCAGUAGAGCAUGCGACCGCUCCUGCGGAAACUGUUUCUGAGGAAAAAAGCAGUUCGACGACUCCCACGUCGAGCAGCCAGCGAUCCAUAAUAUCAGAGCUGCGGCAGCAAAUACCGGCAGACGUGCAAAGACGCAUGGAGCAGCUAUUUCCUUCGGACGUGAAAGACAAAGAUGCUGGGGAUUCGGCCAAUGAUUCUGGUCAAGAACCGGACUCCACAGUCGUGACGCCUUCAUUUGAUCUCACUCCGUGGCUUCGAUCGUCGGAGCGGCAGGACCGCCUGGCGGCAAUGCGCGUGCUGCAGGCCUUGCGGGAUCCUACGUUGGUAGCGAAAUACCUGCCAAUUUUUCUCGAGGGCAGGAAGAAUCUGUUGCGUUUUUCGUACGAGCACAGCAACCCGGGUGAGCAACAGGAGGAAAUAAAAGUGGCGGAAGACGUAGUGCUGCACGGUUUGAAAGACCGCCAGGGUCUGAAGCUGCUUUUGCAGGAUCGCGAGUUUCGUUUGGAGGCGCUGGCAAUGAGGAGGAUUCUAGACCUGGCCGAUCUAACACUGGCGAUCGAUCUUUUGCAGGAGAGGAAUCCAAAUCUUCGUGCAGCAGGCUGUGAGCUCAUUCGGCUCAUGCUGGUGGCACAGGGCGCUCGUCGGAAGCGGCUACUCUUACCCCUGUACGAAAAGGACCCGAGCCCCAUGGUGCGGGCAGCCGCGUUGAAGGGUCUGACGUUUAUAAUUUCGAGCGCCGCGCAGGCGGAUCACCACGAGCACUCUGGUGCCGGAACGUCGGAAACAGCCGGAUUACAUUCUUCCUUUCAGCAGACAACGGUCGCCAGCGAGAGCAAAAAGAGGGACCACAGUGGCGAGUUGCAGUCUGUUACUAGUUCAACAGCGUCCUCUGGCAACAUUCACAAAGUGCAGCCGCGCUGUGACGCAGCCGCCCCGAGGAAGCUUUCCUUCGGGGGCUCCGGAAAUACCGCCGUCACCUACGCGCACCAUUUGUUCGAUCCAGCCAGCGAGAAAGCGUCGCUUGCGUUGCAGUGGACACAGUGUCUGUCUCGGGCCUCGCAGAUGCAGAAGCGGCAUUUUCAGAGCCUCCUGCAACUGCUCGUGGAUCGCAUUUCCUCGGAGCCGCUGAGCAACCUCAUGCGGCCGCGCGACGCAGCUAGCACGCUUCCGCUCCUCGCGUUGAUCGAGACCCUCGCGCGGGUGCACGUGGUCACUCCCCACUUCGAUCUCGAGGCAGAUACCGCUGCGGUCGGUGGGUUGAGCAGCGUCCUUUUGCGUCUGGUGACCUCCGUCAUCACCAGCGUCAUCGGAGAGGACAUGAGCCUCGGGCUGAAGAACGGGGUCUGCAGGCUGUUUGGCCUGUGGAUGCGGCACGACGAAAAGGUGCGCCACAUUCUGUUCAACGAGAUCAAGUUGUUUGACCGGUUGCGGGAGGAAAUCACGCGGGUAGAUAAACCCCACGCCGCGCGACGGUUGUUGUUCCGCCGCACGAUGGCGCGGUGUGCUGCGGCACUGGGCAACGUGGAGCAUUUCGCCACGCCGGCAGCAACAAAGGGUAUGAACAAAGCGGGGUAUUUGAAGAUUGUGCUGAUGCUGGAGCACCUUCCGUUUCUCGAGGAGCCCCUUUCCUCCACCGCAGCACCGUUAGGGCAGGCGGUAUUCGCCAUGCUUGAGGAGCCGCAGAUCCGCGGCUUGGCCACGCAAGCCGUGGCCCGCAGCCGCGUGUCUCCGGUGCAACUGACAGAGGUGUGGAAGAAGCAUCCGGGCAGUUUCUUUCUUCCCAACGCCGCUGAGAUCAUACACCAUGGAAAAAUUGCGCUGGAAGUGGACAAGUGUCUCGGCUACAUGGGCCGCGCGAUGCACGAUGAGAUUGGCGUCGUAAAGGCACUGCAAGGCCUGGCGAAGGCGGACAAUUAUGACUUGUUCGCGCAGGAACCUGCUGCGCUGGUACCGGCUGCGAGUCACGCUGCUGCGCGGAACUACGUCGCUAUGUUCAUGGCGGCGUUCGGGAAAAUCGUGCCGAAUUACGGACGACCGCAGAAAAGGCCAGGAUAUGAACACGAAAUUACGAAGAUCAAGCGCGUGGUGCUUGCGAAUAUCGUGGAACGCAUCGGAACCACUUCGCCCCUACUGGUGUUGUCGCCUGCGACGCAGACCGAAGAGGAGCAAGAGUUGUUGAUGCCCGCGCGCGCAGUGGAGUUGCGCCUGCCGGCGUUGAAGGAGUCUCUGCGACUCCUCGACCUUUUGUUAGUAUUGAUGGAGACGAUUCGUGGCCGCUGCCCUGACCUGGCGAGCCGAGAAGACAGUCGGGAGAUGUUUCGUACACUUCGCAAGGUCUGUGCGGCCUCUCCGCAGCCCGCCGAGGGGCCGUUUGCGCAGAACAUCUGCCCGGAGUCUCGCUGCGAGACGUACGGAAGAGUUAUCCGCCGAGCGGCCUGCACGCUCUUGGAUGAACAGACCAAGGCGGAGUUGUUGUGGGGACCAACAACAACAUCUCCCGCGGCACCCAGCCACGGCACUGUCGGCGGCAGGCCUAGUACAACAGGAAUCUCAGUAGUACUAGAAAGCAAGGCUACUGGUCCUGUCGUUGAGUUGCCACUCGAAGUGCAUGACGUUUUGGUAAGUGCCGAUCCCGCCGCGGCGCUGGUGAAGCGCACACCGGAUGAUGAUUUGGAAACAGUGUGGGCACCGAGCGCUCGAAAGAGUGCCCAGGAGUACCUAAAAGUUUGGCUUGACGCCGUGCAAUCGGCAAACCUGGCUGUCGUGGCCCGGGGGGAAGCUGACCGAGUUGGCGCACUCGUGCGGCGAAGUGGCGCAACCGAAGGCGAUGUUAGCGCGACCUGGACACAGUCCGCUCUCGCUUUGCGCGAGCUUGUGCGAAAAGAUGAAGAUGCAAAACAGGAACAGCGUCAGCAAAUGCACGCUCGCGACAACCCGCCUACCUCCGCUGCUGUCGCGGUGUACCAGUAUUUGCGCGGGAGUAGUACUAGUGUUGACCAACAGCACAAGAGAUCCAGUGAACAAGGCGCUGGGGCCAGAACUGUCCCGUCAUGGUUGCCAACCGAGGGAGUGUCGCUGGAAGACGCAAACGCGUUUGAGUUGGUGUUCUGGAAUUGUGUAGAGCAGAGCGCAACAACAAGCGCGUACCAGGGAGCAGCGCACGUAGCUGGCGCAAACAAAGCGCAGAUCAGCCAGAAGUGCUUCGCUUCUCUCGCGGAGCGCACCGAUUGGAAUCCGGUUUAUCAGGCUUCGCUCACCGGUGUUUUGCGCAGAAACCCGAACCUCGCCGGCGUUGUGGCUUCUUUCCAAAGCAGCUCGCCUCGCGGGGCCUUGCAGCAGGACAAACACACGCUGCAGGCUAUCCGACGCAUCCUGGCCGAUGCAUUCGAGCUGCAUGCGUUUCCAAGAAACGACCGCCGCAAGCCGGUGGUUAGCUCGUUCUCCUUGUCGCAUCAACAGCGGCUCCUCGCCAAAGUGCUCGCUGCGGACGACUUCGCGGCCCAACAGGAAACCAGUACAUCAACCUUGCUCUCCUACUAUUUGGGCACGCUCUUUCCAGAAACAGAAGCGCUUGGUUCGGACGAAGUGCCGGAAACAAUCGCGUUGGAGUACCAACAACUGGAUUUGACACAGGAGGAUCACGUACUCCGCCAAAUUUGGCGCACCACGACCACAGAGGAGCCGUCGACCUCUUUUUCGGGGAAUCCUCUGCAACUACGAUCUACUGCCUGCGCUGAAAAUUCGAAGUAUCAUGAGGACCGCGAAUUGUAUGUGCUCGCUCCGGGCGAACUUGCAAAAGCCGAAGACAGCGUAGCCCGACGGCCCCAGUGCGCCGCUGAGUCACUCCUGCAGGUACUGGAUGGCAAAGUUUUGGUGGAGGUGGUAGAACAGGUGCCGAAGCAGGCUGCCUCUGUUCGGCGCCGCGCGGCCGAGAGUGCGUGGAGCCACUUCGGGCUGAGCAUUUUUCAGUCCCGAUUCCUUCCGCAAUUGCCGAGAACGGUCGACCUCUUCAUCUACGCAGGGCGGCAUUCCGCGAUAGUUGACUUGGUGCAGCAGCAUGCGCAGUCGCUUCUCCAGAGAAUUGAUGUUGACAAGCAAGUACGUGGUGUUGCAACUACCGGAGCUGCUCCUGCUGCAGACAGCGACGCUGGUAGCCACGAUCUUGUGGUCGCACAAGCCGACAUAGCGCAACAUUUGGGAGCUGCUUUGGCGGUUCUCGCGAGAACUGCUGAUGCAACAGAGGACACGGAGGCUCUGGCGGAGAGUCUUAUUACGAAGUUGAACAGCCGAUGGUGGGACGAUGUCGUGGACUUCGUCGCGAUUCAGAUAGUUGAGUUUUUGGGCGUGUUUCGACCCGCGGCGCUCGUUGCAGUUUACGAACGCUUGCGCGAAGAGCGACCGGGGAAACGCGGCCGGCCACGGGUUCGGUCCGCGAUACUGCGCAAAGUCACAGCGUCCGCGGAGGCAGGGUUUGACGAUGAAACGCGAAAAGUGGUGCAGGAAUUCUUUCGUUGCGAGGUGCUCCAAAAGUCGAUUCGCGCGAGUUUCAUCAAUUUUACCUUUCAGCAGAUAGAUAAGGACGAUCCUAAUCCGCCCUGCGGCGAUCGUGAUUCGUGCGUGGAGGAGGUGCAGCAGCUGGUCGGCUUUGCUGCAACGAUUCUUCCGUCCCGAGAAGUAGCGGCGGGACAUCAGCAGGCUCCUUCGGCAUCUACGACCCGAACCACCGUGACCAGUGUCGGCAUCGAGGUCUCGGGGGAAUGCAAACCGAGCGACAUAUACGAGUACCUCUUCCGCGUGCUGGUGGACUCUCCCAAUCACGACCUCCACCGCUUGCACGGCGACCUGGGGCUCUUUGUCGCCGGAGCACUCCUCCGGACCGGCUCUCACGUGAGGGAAGUCGCACAAUUGCUCGUUGGACGAGCGGUCGACGAGGCGGUCUCGCCCGACGACGGCGCGGAGCUCACCGAGGAGACACGGUUCGCCGCGUUUCUUGAUGCGGUGCCGGAAAUUAACGCGGGCGAUCUGGAAGAGCAGGUGCUGAAAGAACUCGUCCUGUACCGUCUUCUCACAUCUGCGCUGAAAGUGAAGACCCGCGGGCUGCGAAUUCUUGCGCGGGCGCCGCCAGCGAAAGUCUCCGAGAAUCUCCAGCUCCAGUUUCUGCCGAUCCUCGAACGGAUUGCAAAAAGUGCCUCGGAGCCCGAAAAUCUAAGAGUCAUGGCGUGUCGGAUCAUGGCGCGUUGGCGGUUGGGCGGCAAGUGGGCGACUGAGGUGCUUGCCACGACGGACAACGAGAGCGUCUCCUACGCCUGCGCAGUGUCUUUGCCGAGUCCCCUGCCCGAGCCACUCGCAAGGGCGUUGUUACUCAACCUCGACCCAAAGAUGAAAACGGUCCGCCUCCAGACCGUGCGCAGCAGCCUGCGAGCUUUCGAAAGAGGAGUUGCGCAACCGGAGAGAUUUCUGAGGCCCAUCGUCGACUUUUCGUUUGGCCACGCGGAUCCUUGGGUACGCCGCUGGGGCAGGCAAGCCGUUGGGAAGGCACUGCACGGAACGACGGAACAGGAUGCGGCUUUGCUUUCGAGCUUUUUGACGGGCGGCCAGGCGUUCUGGCAAACGGCGAAGGGAGAGCCCGAAACCGUAGUCGCUGCCGCUCUUGCACUCGUUCGCACCUGUCGGGAGUGCAGUUCCUGUUGCGCGACCCUGGACUUUGAAGCUCUUGUCGCGAGCAUGGUAUAUUAUCUUCUUGAAAUAUAACUUUUUCCUUGACCUUUUCGGUUGACAUCCAUUCAACAUCUACGGAGCAGAUCAUUAAUGAACGAUAAAUGCCUUUUUUAUUCUCACGAAUUUGCGUAUCUGCCGAUAUUACCGGAGAUCGAACAAGCAAAAUCGUCGUGAUACUUGACGAAAAGUUCAAGUUGGUCUCUGUAGCCUCGGGGCAGCAGCUGUUGACAACCAGCUACCCGAUUUAGUUCCUUUCCGGACAUGAUUGCAAGUCUAACACUAAAUCAAAAGAAAAAAAACAAAAUCAAAACGAAGGUGCACAAUCGGAGACAGCCCAAAAUGGUAAAGAUCGCCGCCUGUGCGCUUUUUCAGGCCGUUUGGCCCAGUAAAUCCGUGGAGGUACUGCAACCCUUUGAAGCGGAUGAGGACACAGACGUGCGCAACGCCGUGAAUCUCCAGAAUCGUCGUGGAAACGCACAAGUUGCAAAGGGCUCGACCGAGAAAGAGGCAUGGUUUGCCCUCCGUGCUGCAAGUCCGGCUGCGCAGGCAAGGGGUUUGCCUGAGGUCCUCCCUUCGCUGUCUGCCACUGAUAGGUCUCUAACAAUGCGCCGCGCGCACUUUUGGGUGCGAAGAGUGAGCCAAUCAAACAGCCACGCAGAAGUAGCAGGCAAAAAGUGAGUGCUUGUUUUGAAGGAGCUUCUCGAGAGGACGCAACAGAAAUCAUUUAGAAUCAUCCACAUAUUAUAGUACUUACUACUUUUUUACGCUGCAUCUGCAUUGCACUCGUGAUUGGGGUUUGCAAAGCCUCAUGUUGUAUGUAACAACGUAGUUGUGCUUCACCUCCAAGGUACACGAUCGACACCUUCACUCGGUUGGCCGGGAUUGCAGCUCUACUUCUUUAACUGCGUGUUCUGCAUGCUCGUCUCCGCAUUUUUCUGCAGUUUUUAUGUGUGAAGAUCCCCAGUCUCUGUUUUCAUGCAAAAUUCCAUUUGCAUGUUUCACAAAAAAAGACUCUAUGUGUGAAGAUCCCCGUUGCACUGCGCCAGUGUAGUCGCAGCUUGCGCUUCCGCUUUCUUUCACUUGUGUGGUUGAGCUUCGUCUGAUCCAUUGCAAUGUCAUAAAUAUAGUAGUUAGAUACUGGAAUGUAAAUGCAUAUAGUUGUACAGAGAAAGACAAAAGGUAGGGCUGCCUGUGCACUCGAUGAAUGUACUUAGUUUCUGUAAAAAAAA